AUGAUUGAUUGUCCUCGACAUGUUCUAAGCAGUCCCGAAUUCCUGAAGAUUACAUUCCAUGUGAUCACUAUCAUAGCAAUUCCAAUUCACACAUUUGGUUUUUACUGUAUAAUUCGGAAAACUCCAAAACAUAUGGAUUCCGUAAAAAUGCUCCUCUUCAAUUUGCAUUGUUGGUGUGUGCUUUUGGAUAUUGCUAUCACUGUUUUUGGAAUACCGUAUAUAUUUCUCCCGGCCCUGGCUGGAUAUCAGUUAGGAUUCGUUGAUGCUCCAGCUCUCGUUUUUUAUCUUGUUGUCACUUUUUUAACAGGAGUUUCUACAUCCAUUUUCGUAAUCUACGAAAAUCGAUAUCAUAUUUUAUUUGGGCGAAACUGUUCAUGGAGAUUUUUUAGAAAAUAUUGCAUUGUUUUAUCGUAUUGUCUGGUACCUUUGUAUUUCGUAGCUCCGAUAUUUUCUGUUCCAGAACAGGAGACAGCUAGAAAGAUUGUCUGGGAGAGUCUCUCUUGUGCUCCUGAAAUUCCGGAAGGUCAUUUUGACUUUUUCGUAAUUUCUUUAAACAUUCGACUCAUGGCAAUAACUAUAGCAAUAGCGGAAGGUGUACCUUUUUUCCAAAUUCUUAUAUUUUUCUCUCUAAACUUUUACAAUUUGAUUUUGGCCAGACAACCGAGUGGACUCUCCAGGAAAACUACCCAGAUGCAGAAUCGACUCGUGCUCGCAUUGUUUGUACAGUCAUCCGUCACAUUUGUCAUAUUUCUUGUUCCAGUUAAUGGUAUCAUUCUUUUCGUGUAUACCGGUUAUCAUAAUCAAAUUUUGAAUAAUUUCGUUUUUCUUGCAUUUGCUAGCCACGGAACUGUUAUCAUGGUUGUUGCUCAUAAACCAUAUCGUCAAUUUUUCAGUUUAUUAUCAAUUCGAUCGAGUCGCAAAGCCACAAUUAUGGUGGUUAAUUCAGAUGUUAGAUUGUAA